AAAUAAACUAUUAUGGUAAAGAAACUUCAGAAGAACGAAGACGAAGCUAUGUCUAUUCAGCCAGAAGAAGGCAAAGAAACUCCAGAAAUAGGCAAGCCAAAGUCAGGCAAGCCAUGGAAGAAAUUGGGAACUAAGCUUGACGCUGGGCAUAAUGGAGUCAGCAAAAGUUGGAAGAGAAAGGAGAAGGAACGCCAACGUAGAAAAGCACUUAUAGAGAAGGUUAGAGAGGUCAAGGCCAAGAAUGGAGAGAGGCUCAAGAGAAUUAGAGAAAAGAAGCAGGAGAAGGAAGGAAGAAGGAAGUAUAAUGAGAUGAAGAGUGGGUCUUAUCAGAUUAUUAGAAAUACGACUAAGCUGAAGAAAUGGAAUAAGAAAGCAAAGAGACUCCUGACAAAGCUUCCUGCUGAGCUUUACUAUGAGAAGUUUGGAAAAUCAACUUUCUAA